AUGUUUUUUGCGUUGCGAUUCCUUUUAUGCUGCUUACUCUCCUCCGCUUCCCUCGCGGCCAGGCAAGACCCUCUAACUGCCCCCGACAAUGUCCUGAUCUUGGCAAAGGAGGUAGGAAGAGCCUCCAAUGAAUCGCUAUUAUGGGGCCCAUAUAGGCCGAAUUUAUAUUUCGGGGUCCGCCCGCGAAUUCCCCAAAGUCUGCUUAUGGGAUUGAUAUGGGCGAAGCUAGAUGACUUUGACACUGUACAGCAGAGUGGACAUACAUGCGAACAAAAUGAAGGGAUGGCUGGUUACGGAUGGGACGAGUACGAUAUUAGGAAGGGAGGUCGUCAGACGAUUCACGAUGCAGGGAACACGAUAGACCUUACGAUUGAUUUUAUAAAGGUUCCCGGUGGAAAUAAUGGAGGUAAUUGGGGUGCCCGUGUCAAGGGUACUCUCCGCCCGGAUGCUCCUCCUAACCAAGUGACGACGGUUAUUUUCUACGCGGCAAUGGAAGGAUUGGGCAGUCUCCAAGUUGCGAAUGAGGUUGACCCUCUGGGAUACGAAGGGGAUGUGAAGUUCAAAGGAUCUGCAAUGGGGCUUGGUGACUUCACUAUCGACAUCACUUGCGGACCGGAGAGUAAUGCGCACCCUCCCCGAAGCAAUGCAGCCUAUGACGAGAAGCCAUUGGAUAGGACAAUGAUUGCGGGACUUCAGAUACCAUCAGAUGCACUUUGGGAAGCGAAAGCUAUUCUAUUUGCCCAUAUGAAAGAGCAGAUUGACGCUACCAUGAAUAAGUACGGAACAGAGGAACCUCCUCCUCCUGCGCAGAUAUUUACCAUCGCCAACAAAGUUGAUGAUGGGAAUAUUUAUUUUGUGCAGAAGGUUUUUGAGGGCCCAUUUGAGUUCGAUAUUCUCUUUUCGUCAGAUUCGUCGCCGGAAGCCAUAACCUCAACGAAGCUCACUAAAGAGAUCAAAAGUGCUUCGGCCUCGUUUUCUGAAAAGUUUCAUGAGGUGUUUUCCCCUUUGGCACCUUUUAACGCACCUAAAUAUACCGAGUUUUCCAAGGCAAUGUUUUCGAAUUUGGUUGGUGGGAUAGGAUACUUUUAUGGCAACUCGCUUGUCGACCGGUCUAAUGCUCCAGAAUAUGAAGAAGAAGACGAGGGUUUCUGGGAAGAGGCUGCAGAAGCACGGAUGCGAGCCGAUCCAAUCCUAGCAGGCCCAUCAGAGCUAUUCACCAGCAUCCCGUCCCGGCCAUUCUUCCCGCGAGGUUUCCUCUGGGAUGAAGGAUUUCAUUUAAUCCCUAUUAUUGACUGGGACCUCGAUUUAACCCUGGAAAUAACGAAGAGCUGGUUCAACCUCAUGGACGAAGAUGGAUGGAUAGCACGGGAACAGAUUUUGGGUACCGAAGCUCACAGCAAAGUGCCUGCUGAAUUUCAAGUUCAACACCCCUAUUAUGCAAAUCCACCAACCCUAUUUAUGAUUCUUGAGAUAUUUGUGGACAAACUCCAAUUGAACAAGUCCAUCGGCCAUGAGCAGAUUGAAAUGCAUGGUUUGCUCUCUGAUAUCCGUUCAAUACACCUGGAGAAUCCGGACCUGGCUAUUUCAUAUCUUCGUUCCAUCUACCCAUUACUGAAACGCCACUACUUCUGGUUUAAAAAAACACAGUGGGGCGACAUCAAAUCGUAUGACCGGGAAGCUUUCUCCUCGAAGGAAGCAUAUAGAUGGCGAGGACGAUCUGUCAAACACAUCCUCGCUUCCGGGCUUGACGAUUACCCCAGACCCCAACCGCCCCAUCCCGGUGAAUUGCAUGUAGAUUUGAUAAGUUGGAUGGGCAUGAUGACCCGUGCCAUUCGACGGAUAGCUGAAGCCUUGGGGGAAAUUGAGGACGUGGAGGAAUUUACCGUCUAUGAGACUGCGAUUACGCGGAACAUCGACGAUCUCCACUGGGACAAAGCUGCUCAGACUUAUUGUGAUGCAACCAUUGACGAUUACGAGGAGCAUGUGCAUGUCUGCCAUAAGGGAUACGUAUCGAUAUUUCCUUUUAUGACAGGAUUGAUACCAGCUGAUAGUCCACGGCUGGGACCUGUGCUUGACCUUAUUCAGAAUCCAGAAGAACUGUGGAGUGAUUAUGGUAUCCGUAGUCUGAGCAAGAAGGACAAGUUCUAUGGAACGGAGGAGAAUUAUUGGAGGAGCCCCAUUUGGAUAAAUAUCAAUUACCUGAUUCUCAAGAACCUUCUGGAUGUCGCUGGGGUCGCAGGACCGCAUCAGGACCAAGCCCGCGAAAUGUAUACCCAGCUGCGCAAGAAUAUUGUGGAGAAUGUGUUCGACCAGUGGAAGAAGACUGGAUUCGCUUGGGAGCAGUACAAUCCUGAGACUGGCGCAGGUCAACGAACGCAGCAUUUCACAGGAUGGACAAGUUUGGUGGUGAAGAUGAUGAUCAUGCCUGAUUUGAACGCAGAACAGAAGAGCGGACAUGAGGAAUUGUAA